CUGGGGGCCCAGAAACCUCGGCCGCCCCCAGAGCCCCAGCCCUCACCCCUCCCCAGGUCGCCUGUACCGCGUCAGCUCAACUCCGCGCGGCGCCUUAAAAGCUGGGGCCUGGGCCAGGAACGACAGGCGUAGUAGCCAAUGGCGCCGCGCGCGGCAAGCCAGGCGCCCAAUCAAAAGGCGCGGCUGCGGGGAGGGGCGGGAAUCCCGCAGGACUCCGGGUGACUCCGUGCGAGGAGGGGAGAGCGUCGCGGACCGCUGGUCCAGCUCCGUCCCAGCCGCGGCGAGGGGCGUCGGGAGCAGGCUGCGGGAGCGUGCCAGCAGUGCCGCGGCGGAGCCCUUGGGCGCUGCAGCCGGAAAGGGCGGUGAUGGAGAACCAUCCAGAGGCUGGGAAGGAGAGCAAGCCCUCCCCGCUGCCGGACCUGCAGGCAGACAGCUCCUUACAGGUGGAGAUCUCUGAUGCUGUGAGCGAGCGGGACAAGGUGAAGUUCACAGUGCAGACCAAGAGCUGCCUGCCCCACUUCGCGCAGACCGAGUUCUCCGUAGUUCGGCAGCAUGAGGAGUUCAUCUGGCUCCACGACGCCUACGUGGAGAAUGAGGACUACGCGGGCCUCAUUAUCCCCCCAGCCCCUCCCAGGCCAGACUUUGAGGCUUCAAGAGAAAAGCUGCAGAAGCUGGGUGAGGGGGACAGCUCCAUCACACGCGAAGAGUUUGCCAAAAUGAAGCAGGAGCUGGAAGCUGAGUACUUGGCCAUCUUCAAGAAGACAGUCGCCAUGCACGAGGUCUUCCUGCAGCGCCUGGCGGCCCACCCUACUCUGCAUCGGGACCACAACUUCUUUGUCUUUUUGGAAUAUGGCCAAGAUGUGAGCUGUCUGAGCGUCCGAGGAAAGAACAGGAAGGAGCUCCUUGGGGGGUUUCUGAGGAACAUUGUGAAGUCUGCUGAUGAAGUGCUCAUCACUGGCGUGUCAGGGCUCAAGGAGGUGGAUGACUUCUUCGAGCACGAGCGGACCUUUCUGCUGGAAUACCACACCCGCAUCCGGGAUGCCUGCCUGCGGGCAGACCGCGUCAUGCACUCCCACAAGUGCCUGGCCGACGACUACAUCCCCCUCUCGGCUGCACUGAGCAGUCUGGGCACGCAGGAAGUCAACCAGCUCAAGACGAGCUUCCUCAAAUUGGCAGAGCUCUUUGAGCGAUUAAGGAAGCUGGAGGGUCGAGUGGCCUCUGACGAGGACCUGAAGCUGUCAGACAUGCUGAGAUACUACAUGCGGGAUUCACAGGCAGCCAAGGACCUGCUCUACCGGAGGCUUCGGGCCCUGGCCGACUAUGAGAACGCCAACAAGGCCUUGGACAAGGCUCGUGCCAGGAACCGGGAAGUGCGCAGCGCAGAGAGCCACCAGCAGUUGUGCUGUGAGCGCUUCGAGCGCCUCUCAGGCUCGGCCAAGCAGGAGCUCAUGGACUUCAAGUCCCGCCGAGUCUCCUCUUUUCGCAAGAACCUCAUUGAGCUGGCAGAGCUAGAGCUCAAACACGCCAAGGCCAGCACUCUGCUGCUCCGGAACACCCUCAUCGCCCUCAAGGGGGAGCCGUAGCGCUAAGACCUUAGUAACAGGCUUCCCCAGGCCACCGGCCUCAAGACACUGCCUUCCCCACUAGCCAGGCCCAAUGACUUCCCAAGGCAAGCCCCACCCCCGAAGGUGCCAGGCCCUGCAAGACAGGGCAGCAUGGGCACUGUAUUUGGCCACAGGUAAGCAGAGCCACAACCUGGGGGUGCCCAAGCACCCCACCCUUCCUGAGUGCUGGGGGGCAAGCCUCUACCUACCUCGGAGGCCCCAUCCUGUCCCGAGCUGCAAGCUUGGUCUUAUAGCCUGAGGGCCUACCUGUCCUCAAGUCUUAUCUCCAGGGUCCACCAGACCCACCUUGAUCCAGAAACCAGAUCCUAGGGGCACAGGCAGUUAUCUUCCAGAGCCACGCGCUCGACUCGGAACCUAGGAGCAGUCUCAGGGCUUGUCGGUCAUCCCCACAAACCCAGCAAAACUCUCAAGCCCUCAGCAACACCCCCACCCCCACCUUGGCUCCCUCCCAGAAGGAACUACCAACUCCAAGGAACCCAGAGUGGCUUCUAUGUAGUCCAGUUGGUUGGGACAGGAGGUAAUAAAUCUUGCAUUACUACCCUAA